UUUCUCAGUUGGGCGAAAGGUGAAAAAAAGAAAAAAUUAUGGCGUUGGGUUUUAUUGCUGACGUAGACAGCAUCACGAUCGGAAAAGCAAUCGUUUCACUUAUACUUGGAGGAUGCCUUGUAAGGCUGUUUUACAACCUCCACUUGCACCCGCUUCGCCACUAUCCUGGACCGUUACUUGCAAGGGCUACAAGUGCAUACUCUUUAUAUCUCAAUACACUGGGAAUUCAACACACGAAGGAAAAAGAAUGGCAUGAUAAAUACGGUGAUGUAGUUCGGUGUGCACCAAAUUAUUUGUCAUAUAGUUCUAGCCAGGCGUGGAAAGAAAUCCACGGCUAUAGAACAAGUCUACAAGGGAGCUUUGACAAAGAUUCUGCCUUUUUUCUAACGAAUCCCAAAGGAGUUCGUCAUAUAGUAGCAGCAAACGGCGCAGAACAUCGUCGACUUCGUCGCCUUCUGGCCCCAGCUUUUUCUGAUAAAGCACUGCAGGCACAAGAACCCAUUAUACAGAGUUACGUGGAUCACCUUAUUCAGCAGCUCCGGAUACAACCAGAUACUAGAGAAGGCAUCGUAAACAUUGUUAAAUGGUUUAACUUCACUACCUUCGAUAUUAUCGGAGAUUUGUCCUUCGGUGAGCCGUUUGGACUGCUAAAUAGCGGAGAGUGGCAUCGAUAUGUCACCACAAUAUUUGGUAGUGUUAAAGUCUUCACUUAUCUUCGCUUCAUAUUGGAGGUUUUUUUCACGCCCCUGAAGGAGUUAUUUCUAGUAUUAUUUGUCCCCAAACGGUUGAUCGAUGACCUGAAGUAUCAGACGAGUUUGGCAGAAGAAAAGUUAAAGAAGAGGAUGGAGUCAGAUAUGAAGAGAGAGGAUUUUGUUCACUAUAUCCUCAAAGGAUCCCAAGAACAAGCAGGUGAAGAUGGUCUUACCUUCCAAGAGAUGGUUUCCCAGGCACAGGUUUUGCUUCUCGCAGGCAGUGAAACCACAGCAACCUCGUUGUCUGGCAUGACAUAUUAUCUCUUAAAAACUCCCACAGCCUUGGAAAAGCUGACGACCGAAAUCCGAUCCGCAUUCACCGUUGAAUCAGAUAUUACCAUUCUCAAAGCUAGCCAACUGCCAUACCUGCAAGCGGUUCUAAAUGAGUCCCUACGCAUGUAUCCACCGGCUCCGAAUUCGUUUCCACGUGUUGCACCUUAUCCCGGUGAAAUGAUAUGUGGAAGAUACGUACCUGGAGGAAUAUCGGUAGGCAUGCACCACUACUCCAGCUACAGGUCUAGAAAAAACUUUGUCGAACCUAACUCUUUCAUCCCUGAACGAUGGAUCAUGGAUGAAACGAGAGACCCGAAAUUUGAUGCAGAUAACCACGAAGCUUAUCAUCCGUUCUCGACUGGUACGCGCAACUGUUUGGGCAGGAGCAUUGCCUGGGCAGAGCUGCGCUUGAUAGUAUGUAAGCUUUUCUACAACUUCGACCUCGCGCUCCAGCCAGACAGUGAGAAAUGGAUUGACCAGCCGACCUUCGGGCUGUGGGAGAAGGGGCCAUUGAAUGUUAGGAUCAAGCCGAUUCGCAGAUGAAAUGGGGCAAGGAACUUCUUGACAUAAUUUGAUUUCCUCUCUCUUUUUCGUUCUUUUUGUGUCAAUCUGCCUCGUCACUAAAUCAACACCUGGGAUGUGGACUCUUUAUCUGGGAAAGCCUCACUGGUGGUUCCGCUGUAAAUAGCCUAGCUUGAGUAUUCAGAGUGCGAAUCAGGAAGGCCACCAUCCCUAAGUCGAGUAUACUAACCGUAGCAAGGUGUCUGUUUAAAGCCAUAUUUGGUAGCGUCUCAACUGCGACUCGC